AGUAAACAAAGAGCUGAACGUUUCUCAUUAACCGUUUGAACCCGUCAGAAUGUCGAUUUCUAACCCAAGACAAGUGUUUUCAAACCCGUUGAUUCCUUUCGCUGGCACCAUUCUGGGUGGUUUACUGCCCGAGGAGAUGGUUCUAAUCCAAGGUUCGGUACCAUCUGGUGCUGACAGGUUCCAGGUGGAUUUUACGUGCGGCAGCAGCGUGAAGCCGCGGGCCGACGUGGCGUUUCACUUCAACCCCAGACUGAACAAGAAACGCAUCGUCUGCAACACGCUGCAGAAGGAGCGCUGGGGCAGCGAAGAGAUCCUGUAUCAGAUGCCUUUAAAAGUCGGAGCUGCAUUUGAACUCGUCAUCCUGGUCCUGAAGGACAAGUACAAGGUUGCGAUAAACGGAGCGCACGUGUUGGAGUACAAACACCGCGUGGAUCUGAACCGGGUCGACACCAUCCUCAUCUCGGGGGCCGUGGCGGUUCAGGCUCUGGCCGUUGUUCCUCCUGCUUCUAGUCCUGCCGCUCCUGCUUCCAGUCUGACCAGCUCAGCCUCUGAGGCGAUUCUCUCAUUCAGAGAUCUGAAAGUUCCCUUCAAAGGGCAGCUGGAGUCGGGGUUAAAGGUCGGACGCAGCAUCGUCAUCAAAGGACAGACGAGUCCCAAUGCAAACAGUUUCUGCGUCAACCUGCGGGACGCCAGCGGCCGUGACAUCAUCGUCCACCUGAACCCCCGCCUGGCCAAACGGGUCUUCGUCAGGAACUCGUUCCUGUCCGAGUGCUGGGGCGCCGAGGAGUCGGACCUGGAGGCCUUCCCCUUCGCGGCGGGGAAGUACUUUGAGAUGAUCAUCCGGAGCGACACGCGGCACUUCAGGGUCGCCGUCAACGGAUGCCAUCAGUUCAACUACAAGCACCGAGUCCAGGACCUGAGCGCCGUCCGGCAGCUGGAGGUGGUGGGAGACGUGACGCUCAUGGAGGUCCAGAUGACCUGACCCAGAAACACAGAACCGCUGACCGGAGAACCGGGCUGUCCAAACUGGCUCAGGCGUUUCGGACCAGGGGGAAUGAGAACGGGAGCAAAACGCAGCCAGAAAACUCAGAAACAUUCUGGAAACUAAACUGGAAAUUUCUAGAAAAACAUGGAAAUUUCAAAAGUUGGGCAUUUAUCAGUAAAAAAACAAAAAAUUUCAAUUAAUGUCAAAAUAUAUUUUUUUUGAAAAAAUUGGAAAAUUUGACUUUUCAAAUUUUUUCAUGUUUUUCUGUGAAUUUCUGAUAAUCUGAAAAUUCAAACUGAGUUUUUUGGUGUAAAUCUAUUAAUCCUUUUAUUUUCUGAUCAUGUUCAUCGGUGUUUCUAUUCUAAUUUAUUAAUAUUAAAUGGGAAGCCAUUAAUGGAAAAGAAACAAAAAAAUCUCACUAUAUUUAGUGACUUUUUUCAUCCUAAUUCUGAAUUAGGAUGAAAUUAUCACAGUAUCUGCAGCCAAUAUUUACUUUCUUCAAAUAAAAAAUAUUGGCUGCAGAUACUGUAUAAAUAACUUGCAUCCUUCUGCAGCACCAAUCCGUCUGUUUUUGAGUAAUUCUAGGAUCUGCUUGGAUCAUUGAGGAGGUGAAAUAAGUUUUUGGCUUCUGGUUCUGGUUUGGAUGACAGAAGUUUGGACAUCCGGCCUGAAGCAUGACUGACGCCUCUGAUAUUAACAUUAAUAACUGCAGUGAUAUCUGCAUCAAUGUGGCGGAUUCCAGGCUCAGCGUGAAAUAAUCCUAAUGCUUAAUUACUUAUAACAUUGAAUGUUGCAUUACUGGCCUCUUAAAGAGGAAGAUAAUUGUUUUUUUGCACUUCAGGAUGUAAAGAUGUAAAAAGAAAAGAUGGUUAAUUCAUGUGGAUUGAUUUUGGUUUUAAUGUUCUGACUGAUGGAAAAGUAAACUACUAAGAAUUAACAACAA